CGUUGGUUAAACGUAUCGCUGUCAACGUCUCGCGUGAAUUUAACUUAGCCAUAAAUAUUCAAAAUGCGAUAAUUUUAGGGCAUAAUUUUACUUAUAAUUCACAUAUUGUCAUCAUGUUAAUUCCUCACAGAUAAUGUUGCAGUAUAUCUGCAUUUCUAAUGUUUUUCCAGACGGUGGCAGUGUUAAAUCAAGCAAACCUUACAGCGCGCCGAGGUACAACAGAAAGAAGACAGAUCCUGUUUUGUGAGCCUGAGUUCAAAUUCACAAGCGGGACUGCUAGCCAGGCUCUGUAACUAAUAUGGAGUUUAAUGAUAGUCUGUUAUCACAACGUAGCACCGAUAUAAAGCUGGCUACAGAGGUUGAACACAGACAGUGGCUGACUCUCCACUGCGAGCAAUGCAAAACAGUUCUGGGAGACUCCCUCGGUGUUUGUGGGGAAGUCAGAUGUAUGGACUCGAUCAUGUGUAUCAGAGUAACUGAUGAUGUGGUCCUCAGUGAUGAAAUGGAAUCAGGACAUAAAGGGGAAAUGGCUAACUGCAUCUACAGCUCUCUAAAAUGUCGCGGCUGCCGCUGUGCUGUGGGGAAAGUCAUUCACUCUGCGCCUUCACGUUUGGCCAUGAUUCGCUCCAUCUAUCUCCUCCACAAAGCAAACAUCAGUUGUUACAUCCUCGACAGCUACACAAUGGUGAAAGCAUCCACACUCACAUUUGACCUGAAGCCUCUCAGGGAAAACAUUUAUGAGAUGAGACGACAGUUUGAAGCACAGUUCGAUCAGAUGACACUCAUUAAAAGCAGACUGGCUGACAGGAGUGUUGCAAGUGAAUCAGACAAGUAGUGUGCACACGCAGUGUAUACCGUCCAGGGAUUAGGGACAGUUUUCUUCUAUCGGCUCCCUCUUAUAGGCUUAUUUGUGUUUUCUAUUGUUUUUUCUGUGUUUUGUGUUUUCAUUAAACGGUUUUUGGUGAUGCAAGCA